AUGGGGAAGUUCAAUAUGCUCUUGGAGGAGCUGGAAGCCAACCCGAAAAGCUCAUCUCCUCUCACCCUCAGCAACUUGGAUAAAAAGACAGGUGCUGGAUCAGCGCUGGAGAAUGUCUACAGCGAGUUACCUGCUCCGGUCCAGGCCGACUUAAUGAGUCCAGGAACAGCCACUCGAGAGCUGGACUCCAUCAUGAAUGAACUACUGGGAUUAAACAUCGACAUCGAGGUUCCACCUAAACCACCACAUGCUCAAGCUCCUGAUGAAGUGAAGAAACCUGAAGUGAGGACAGAACCCCCUGAAGGAAACCAAAAAUCAGCGAGCGCCGUACAGAACGACCCACUGCAGCAGAACAUGGCCAAGAACAUCGACGCCAUCGACGACCUGCUGGGAGAGCUGAGCACAGACAUGGAGAGGAUGGGAGUGAGGACUGUGGCUAAGGGGCACUGUGCCUCCUGCUUGAAGUGCAUCACCGGCAAGAUGAUUACAGCGAUGGGGCAGGUGUGGCACCCUGAGCACUUUGUGUGUGCGGUGUGUAAGGAGGAACUGGGUACCAAGGGUUUCUUCGAGCGAGACGGGAAGCCGUACUGUGAGACGGAUUACCAGAACCUGUACUCACCACGCUGCGCCUACUGCCAGGGUUCCAUCCUACAGAAUAUAUUGACCGCCAUGGACCGCACCUGGCAUCCGGAGCACUUCUUCUGCACCGACUGUGGGGAACUGUUCGGAAACGUGGGUUUUAUGGAGCGUGAGGGGAAGCCGUACUGCCCUAAAGAUUUUUACCGCCUGUUUGCUCCCAAGUGUUCUGGUUGUGGUGAAGCGGUGAGAGAGAAUUACCUGUCAGCCGCCGAUGGUACCUGGCACCCGGACUGUUUCGUCUGUGCUGACUGUCUGAAGCCGUUUCCGGACGGCUGUUUCAUGCAGCUGGACGGGCGUGUCCUGUGUACCCAGCACUACCACUCCAGGAUGGGCACGCUGUGUGCCACGUGCUCGGCGCCCAUCCUGGGCCGCUGUAUCUCCGCCCUGCAGCGCCGCUUCCACCCGGAACAUUUCGUCUGUGCCUUCUGUCUGCGCCAGCUCUCUCAGGGAGUGUUCAAGGAUCAGGGGGGCAAACCCUACUGUGAUAUCUGCCACGCCAAACUCUUCCUGUGAGCCCCGCCCUCUUCAUGUUACCCUUUAUAUAUAUGUAUAUUACCCUCCACAGCUUUUUUUAUGCUGCUCCAGUACAGUCACAUCUACUCGAUUCUGUUCUAAUAUCCUGAAUAAAACUGAGAUA